AUGCUUCCCCCGGAGCUGACCCUCGUCGUGGCCGCGACCCGCACCAUGGGUAUCGGCCUCAACGGCACGCUGCCGUGGACGGGGCUGCGGAAGGAAAUGGCCUACUUUGCGCGCGUGACGAAGCGACUGCCCUCUAACGCUCAACCCCCCGCCAUGAACGCGGUCAUCAUGGGCCGUAAGACCUGGGACAGUAUUCCGCCCAAGUUCCGGCCGCUCAAGGGCCGGCUCAACAUCGUCAUCAGCCGCUCCCACGCGGAACCGCCGCCGCCGCGGGGUGGAGAUGUCGACGCGGAGACAGAGGCUGUGAGGGUCGGCUCGCUGGAGCAGGCUGUUGCGUACCUCAAGGCCGGGUCUGCUGCGCGGACCGGGAAGGUCUUCGUCAUUGGCGGGGCGCAGAUUUACAGGGCGGCUUUGGAGCUAAAGGAGGCGAAGAGAGUACUGCUUACGCGCGUCAUGAACGAUUUUGAGUGCGAUACUUUCUUUCCACUGGAGCUAUCUGAGACAGAGAUGGAGGGUGGCGGUGGCGGUGGCCGGUGGGUGAAGAGGUCGAAGAAGGAGCUGGAUGCAUGGACUGGCGAGACGGUUCCGGAGGGCAUACAGGAGGAGAAUGAGACGCAGUACGAGUUCCAGAUGUGGGAGAGGGUUGAUUGA